AUGGGAAGAUAUACAGGACCGGCCUGUCGACUGUGCAGGCGCUCCGGCGAAAAACUGUUUCUAAAAGGCGACCGCUGUUUCACGCCUCGCUGCUCAUUCGAGAAGCGACGCAACCCACCGGGCAACAUCUCGCGCCGUCGACGACGCCCAUCGGACUACGGGGUUCAUCUGCUGGAAAAGCAGAAGGCCAAGUACAUCUACGGGGUGAUGGAGUCCCAGUUCCGUAAGUACAUGGACGAAGCGUUCAACACACCGGGAGUUACCGGGAUGAACUUGCUUCGUAGCCUUGAGCGGCGGUUGGACAACGUUAUUUACCUGAUGGGUUUCGCUGAUUCCCGCAAGCAGGCCCGCCAGUUUGUACUGCACGGACAUUUCCAGGUUAAUGGACGAAAGACUGAUAUUCCGUCUUAUUCGGUCAGGGCUGGCGAUUGCGUCACUUGGCGGGAAUCCGACAAGACAACCGAAUUUUUCUCAGAUCGAACGGUGGGGCUGCCGAAGCGUCCGGUACCGGCUUGGCUUGCCUUGGACAUCAGCGAGAUGGCAGGUCGCGUUGUUUCCCUCCCUUCCGACGAGGAUUUGCAGACCACUUUGGACUCCAGGCUAAUUGUAGAGUUUUACUCGAGGUAA